GCUAUAUUUUGGAAAUCGUCCCGAUCCCAUACUCAGAAAGAAUUACAAAUUUCCAUAUGUUCUAUUAUAACUUGUUGUUAUAGAAUUUUUGCCAGAUUUGCACAUGAACUAGGAUAAACUUCAUUACCAUGGUAGACUCAUAUAUAAAUGAGCAGUUCUAAUGGAAGAAAAAUCAAUUGUUUACGAAUUUUUAAUACGGAAAUAAAGUCCAGUCCGAUGUUCGUUACAAAUUUAUAAUCUCUCUUAAACCGGAAAUGUCAAAGCCAGGGAAAAUCAAGUUGCAAGUUUCAACAUAAUAAUUAAAAUGGGGAACAAAUUAGCAAAGCUGGGUAGUCCAAAUCGUGAAUUAGAUAAGGGAACCACGUCAUUAAAAAGAAAAAGAUUGCAGGAUAAUGAUUCGACAGACGAAGAAGAGGAAAUGCACACCCCUAAAAAAAAACGACUGCCUUCAACUUCAAAAUACAUAUACCAGAAAUUAUUUAUAGAUGGAGAAAAUAGUGACAUUACAAUUACGGCUUCCGGGAAAGAAUGGUUUCUCCAUAAAGUUUACUUGUCACAGUCUCCUUAUUUUUCCUGUAUGUUUAACGGAUCCUGGUCGGAAUCGUCCAGUAAAAAUGUUGUUAUUGACGUGGCAGAUCCUAAUAUUGAUGAAACAGCAUUGAAGAUAACAUUUGGAUCUUUGUAUCAAGAUUAUAUAUUCAUUAAACCAGUAGAAGUCGUUGGUGUCUUGGCAACUGCUAUUUUAUUACAAUUAGAAGGACUAAUACAGCACUGUAAGGAACUGAUGACAGAUACUCUAAGCUCAAAGAUGGUACAUAUAUAUUAUGAAGCUAGUCAGAUGUAUGGAUUACAGGAGUUAGAAAAAGAUUGUUUUAAUUGGUUGUUGUCUAAUUUUCUAGCAAAUAAACAAGAUCAGAAUUUUCUUAAAAACAUAAGUAUAGACUUAAUGACGAGGUUGGUAGUUUCUCCAGAUUUAUAUGUGAUGCAAGUAGAAGUUGACGUUUAUUCACAGCUCAAAAAGUGGGUAUUUUUACAAGAGAAUCCUAGCUGGGAUAGUACUGCAAAGAAUCUGACCACAGAUGCUGCUGAUUAUUUUAAACAGUUACAUAAAGAAACUCCUUCAGAAUGUUUCCUGAAAACAGAGAAAGGAAAGUUAUAUUUACCUGUGUUUUGUAAAAUAAGAUGGCAGCAUGUUAUCAAUGAUCUGGCUUCUCUUAAACUUGUAGAAGAUGACAAGGUGUUCCAUCUUGCGUGGAUACAACCUUUUUUUGAACAACAAUGGAAGAAAAUGUUAACUAUAGAACAAGGACGGGAUAAUGGUCCAGAUUAUGUGCCAGAAGAAGAUAUAUUCAAUAAGAAUUGUUUUAGAUGUGGAAGAGCUCUACCUGUAGAAGGAGAUUACUGUUGGAGAUGGGUUGGUUACAGUUAUGGCAUUGAUCUAUUAGUAUCGUACUCAAAUAGUCUGAUCUCAAUAAAACGUAAUACACAUAGUCAACUCUGUCCUGGUGCAGUCAGUCUACAUCCAUAUCGGAGUAUAGCCUAUAGAAUAAAAGUAGCCUCAGUAGAUGAAAAAGGAAGAACAAUGACAGACAAAUCUACAGUCCUUACAAGAAUUAAUCUACUACAAGAUACGGAACAUGUAGUUAUGUUGUUAGACAAGAAGUUUAAGUUUCCACUGUAUGUUAGUAUGAACAUUAUGGUAUCUUCCAACAAUGACUUUCAGUUUGACCUUGAGCCGUCCAGACUUUUAAAUAAAGAUAGAUCUGUACAAACUAUUGCUGCAGCUUCAUCGUGAUGAAUAUUGAAUAAAGAUAGAUCUGUACAAACUGUUACUGCAGCUUCCUCAUGAUGAAUAUUGAAUAAAGAUAGAUCUGUACAAACUAUUGCUGCAGUUUCCUCAUGAUGAAUAUUGAAUAAUGCUCAAAAUGUUAAAGAGCAGCUUGUUUGUGAUGAAAGUAUUGCUAAACUUUUUAUUUUAAUUUUGGGUCAAAGAUAUAUCAUGUCAUUUAUCUAAAAAGAUUGUUUUCUAUUUUCAUUUUUAUUUUUGAAAUCCUUUUACAUUAAAACAAAGUUAUAGAUACAGCUUUUUAAUAAUUCAUUUGGUGAAUUGACCCUAUAGUUACAACUAGUGAAUAGUGAAGUUUUUUCAUUGCUUGGAGUAAAAUUUUAGUUUUUGUAAAAAAUUGAAAAUAUGUGAAUGUUUUUGCAUUUAAAAUUUGAAUAAAAAUUAACAGUUGAUAUAAUUUGGUAUUCCAAAUUAGAUUCAAGUGUAACAAAUGAUUUAUAGACUGGCUUUUUUGGAAAUUGCCACCAAAAUUUAAUACUAUGCAAGAAAGGGUAGGGUUUUAAAGAAAUGUUUUAACUAAGAAGAAAGUGCUGAACUAAAUCCUGAUCUCAAAACUUAUUCUUCAGACUCCAUUUCAAAAUAACGACAACAUAUGUAAACAUUUCAUCAAAGUGGUCAAACUUUUAUGAAUUUCCAUAUCUAGUUAGAACAAGAAAUAAUGCAUUCAAUUCUAGUGUCAAAAAUUAUUUUGUCCAAAUGUUUCACUCUAUGACUGAUGGCAUAUAAUUUCCAUUCCUAUUACAAUCUAAUACUCUGAAUUUUUAACACUUGCAUAUUUACUUUUGUUAUGGUUAGUGAUGUGUAGUAUUAUAUAAAUUGUUGUUUUUAAAAGCUCGCCUUAAGAUCAUACAAGUCCAAGGAUAAUGGUAUAUCAGAUUUGUUCUGGUUCACCAUGAAAAUUAUUUGCCUAUACAAUUACACUGAUACCUUCUUAGGCAUUUUCUCAUUGAUUGUUUUGUUUCCAAAAUCUGCCAUAUUCCAGGAAUGAGUUAUUAGUGUGAUUAUUGUGAAAGAAGGCCUUUCUGCCUAUAAAUCUUAGUUUGCUCAUUUGGUUUGAGCUUAAAAUUCAUGAUACAUUAAAAUUGUAAAGAACAAUUUUAUAGAAAAGUAAGUGUUUAUGUUUUAUCCAAAAGUUAUUUUUUUACCUUCAACAUUGUUAUACCUGUACUGUAUUCCCUUAUUCAUAUUUAUAACUCGAUAUAUAUACAUUAUUAGAAAGUCAAAUAUUUUUUUAAGUGUUAGACCAGUAACAUGAU